GUUUGCAAUCACGAAUGUCGGAACGAUUCGAAAGGUUACGUGUUUAGCAAAGUAUAGGACUUGAACACUCAUUGAAAGUGUGUGCUUUGGCAAAAUGAAGGUAAAGGUGUUGUCUAGAAAUCCUGAUGAUUAUUUGAGAGAAACCAAACGGGAUAUCCAGAAGGUUCCCAGAAAUUAUGACCCAACUUUGCACCCCUUUGAAGCAUCGAGAGAGUAUACCAGAGCACUGAAUGCGGUGAAGUUAGAGCGAGUAUUUGCAAAGCCAUUUAUAGGAUGUUUGGAUGGUCACAAGGAUGGGGUAUCAUGUAUCUCCAAACACCCUUUGAAGUUGUCUUCUCUUCUGAGUGGUGCAUUUGAUGGAGAAGUUAAAGUAUGGAAUUUGCCACAAAAAAUAUGUGAGCGCACUUUUCUUGCUCAUGACGGAAUUGUCAGGGGUAUCUCAUUCUCAGUAAAUGCAGAAAGUUUCAUCACCAUCGGUGAUGAUAAAACCAUCAAGACUUGGAAGGUUGAAAGUUCGGUAUCAGGUGAACAAGAAGAUCCUACCAAUACUAUCGUGAGCAAGACCGUGCUAACUGGAUUGUCACAUCAUCGAAAAGAUCCCGUGUUUGCCACGUGUGGAGAAAUAUGUCAGAUAUGGGAAGAGACUAGAAACGAACCUGUGCGAACUCUCAAGUGGGGAGUAGACAGUUUACAUGAUGUUAAGUUCAACCCUAUUCAAACCAAUUUGUUGGUUGCUUGCGCCAGUGACAGGAGCAUCAUCUUAUAUGACACAAGGGAAAGCGGUCCGCUCAGAAAAGUAAUCAUGAAGUUGAGGAGUAAUAUGAUCUCCUGGAAUCCUAUGGAAGCCUUUAUAUUCACUUGUGCCAAUGAGGACUACAAUCUUUAUACAUUCGAUACUCGUAAAUUGAACUCUCCCGUGAAUGUGCACAUGGACCACGUUGGGGCGGUUGUAGACUUGGAUUAUUCUCCUACAGGCAGAGAGUUUGUUUCCGGAAGUUAUGAUAAAUCUGUGCGAAUAUUUGAAGUGAACAAAGGUCAUUCGCGCGAAGUCUAUCACACGAAACGCAUGCAGAGACUAACCUGUGUAGGAUGGUCCCUCGACGAUAAAUACAUUCUCAGUGGUAGUGACGAAAUGAACAUCCGAAUAUGGAAAGCUAGGGCAUCGGAAAAACUCGGAGUUCUGAAACCGAGAGAAAGGGCAGCCCUAAACUAUGGAGAAGCGUUAAAAGAAAAGUUUGCUAGCCAUCCACAAGUACGAAGAAUAGCCCGACACAGACAAGUGCCCAAACACAUCUACAAUGCCCAAGCCGAACUUCGUACGGUCAGAGAAAAAGUUAAGAGGAAGGAAAGUAAUCGGCGUACCCACUCCAGACCUGGAGCAGUACCAUUUGUUCCUGAAAGAUCGAGACCCAUUGUUCGCGAAGACGAAUAAUUAGACGAAUUCUGCGAAAUGGAGGAUAUUGUUACGGAUGAAUCCUCAUAGAUUAAUUAAUGAUAUCAAUGAAAUUGUGCUUUGAAAAUAGCUCUGAUUGUUUUGAAUUCUAGGGCAGAGGAACGAGAACAUUUCCGUUUCAUUGUUGUACGUAAACAUGUUUCAAUUGCAAAAUCUGAUUCUGCGCGAUUAAUUUGUCGAUUUAUUUGUAAUAAAUAAUUUUAUUGUUUAA